AUGAACCAGCUCUGGAGGUCACCUGACUAUGAUCCCCCAGGCCAGUUCUCAUUUUUAAUACACUGGCUUUUUGUAUGUCCUUCUCUUUCUGCAGAUGCAGUGGCUAUUACGUGGACCAGUAGAGUUGUCCCUUCAUUACCAUGGGUUAUUCCUUUCAGUAUCUCUGCCUCAUUAUUUAGCAACCUUUUGAUUAAUGUAUUUGAGUUGUCAAGAGUAAUACACAUUGCAGGCCAAGUGAGCCAGCUACCUUUGUUAUUUAAUAUGCUUAAUAUUCACCCCUCUCCUCUUAUGCCUGUGCUACUGCUUAUCAUUGUGGUAUCCUUUGCCGUUGUCUCAACAAACCUACUGGAGUCGAUGAACUAUCUUUAUUUUGUAAUUUCUAUUUGGUCUGUAUUAUUAAUGAUAGGAAUACUAAAACUGAGAGUGUUUUUGCCAUUUCCCUUGGUAACAAUGGCCAUCAGCCUGUGCUUGGUUUUGAUACCUUUGGUGAAGUCUCCACAUACACAUUAUAUCUAUGUGUGUCUUUCUGCUCUCAGUGGACUUUGGUUGUACAUACCCUUAAUACAUUUUAAAUUGAAGUUGGUUUGGUUUGAGAAGAUGACAUGCUAUGUACAAUUGCUAUUUAAUAUUUACGUUCCUGAUGAGACUGAUGAAGAGAUGUCAGGAGUAGCAAUUGUUAAAAAAAACAGCCUCCUAAAACCAUGCCAAAUUCCAGAUAAAGAUUAAGCACAUGAAGGAACAUUAAUGAUGAAAUGCCUAUAGUAACUUUCUUUCUCAAAUGAGAUAAUAUAUAAAAAAGUGACAAGCUUUAAAAAUCACACAGAAAUUGUUAUGUGUAACUAAAGCUCUGUUUUGUUUGGCAAAAAGCUUAAGUCCUGUUUGGUGUUGCUUGAUAAAGACAUGAUGUCUUUCCUACUCUUCCAUUUUUUUUUUCUGCAGCCUACCCUUGGUCUACCAAACCUGUGAUUAUCUUGUAGAAA